AUGUGCUCAUUGCUUUUGGCCAUUGCCAAGACCAGUCGUCAACAACCCCGUGUCGACUUGUCAUUAGCAAUGGCCAAGGUUGAACGGAUCGACAGCUUAUUGGCAAAAAAGAGCCUAUCGACGCAGAAUGCAGUACCUGACCGAAACAAAGGUUCCGAAAAGCUGAACACCCAUCACCGGACCGUGCACCCGAACUCCAGCCACGGCAAAUGCCACUCCAAUCCGACUGCUCAGACCCGUUGUUGGGGGCAGUUUGGCCUCAAAAUACUAUCUGACAAUCUCCGAAAUGCUACCGUUUCAGUUGUCCGCGGUUCCGUCAGCAUCGCAGAUGGCCCACGAGCUUGCUGGGGUCUCACCAUAGUCUUAUCCAGACAAGGCAUACUUGACUUUUGCCAUGCACGCCAAGGUCCCAAACCCAAACCUGACCCUGUUGGUCUUUGCUUCUGCCCCCCUCAUAUGGCAGGCUUGUCCACUUGCAGCUUGAUUGCACGCGGAACCCAGACGAGAUACGAGCAGCCCUACAGCCUUUUUAGCCUAACCCCCUCGCUCGGCCAGGUCUUUUGA